GUUCGGACGAACCCCCCCGCUGAAGCAAAUGGUCCGCUUUCAGAAGUAAAAUAUUACUAUUUUUUUUUUUUUUUUUUUUUAAUUAUUAUUAAAUUUUGUUUAACACAGUGCUGUAUAUGGCUCUAUAUUCAUAUAGGCGUCCAUGCGUGCCCGUCGCUUGUUAUUACAUAGUUUUAUUUUGUUAUAAAAUAAUGUAGUACACCGAGCUCAUGUUAAGCUUUCGAAAUGUAUGGUCAUCAACAAGGAUAUGACGUCAGACGUUGACGAAAAUAUGAUCCAAAGACAUAGAAGCCUGGUGAUUUCGAAUUCCAAACCAAACAUUCGAGAUGGGCAGGCCAGAGAAAAGAAAACAGGAACUGAAAAUUGCAUCCAAGAGAUGUCAAUCCCUGGAUAAAUUCUUUAACAAUAAACGACCACGACCAAGAGAAGGGCAAACCCAACAGGCACCACGAGAAGAACGCCCGACUCCUGACGAAAAAAGUAAUCCAUCAGAAUCGCCAUCAGGGUCUGCUAGCGAAGGAUACAAAGAAGAAUCCCAAACCAAGACACCUACUGCAACAAUUAACGAUAUUGGACAUAUCAUUACUGCAACAAUGUCAGUACUAGAUAUUAAAAAAGCAAUUGAAGGACUCUCUGAUGGAGAAAAAUAUACACUAAUCAAACACCAUAGCCAGCCGUCCGAAACAUAUACAUUUCCUAUAAUAUAUGUUGGUGGCUGUAACCGCAGUUUUAAACUCAGCUGGUUGAAGGAAUAUCAAUGGUUAGUUUAUAGCCAAAAACUCGAUGGUGCCUUUUGCAUCAUGUGUUCACUUUUCUGUAUGAAUCGAGAAGGGAAAGGGCAAUUUGUCAAUCGGCCAUUUAUAAAUUGGCAAAAGAAGUCCGAAAAGUGCAAAAGCCACGAAAGCAACGAGUACCACCAAGAGGCAAUGCAAAUUGCAGACACGUUCAUCAAAAGUAUUGAAAAUCCUAAUGCCACUAUUCCAAUUUUGAUGGAAAACAAUAGGUCAAAGAACAUUGACAAAAACCGAGAAAUACUUCGAUGCAUUGCAGAAGCAAUUGUGUAUUGUGGCAAGCAAGGUAUAGCAUUACGUGGGAAGAACGAACACUUGGAGGAUGAGAAAACAAACCCGGGAAAUUUUCUCUCCUUGAUCAAGGUACUGGCUAGGUAUUGCUCAACCUUACAUGAACAUUUAAUGGAGCCACAAAUGAAAUGUGUCACUUACUUGUCACCACAAACACAAAAUGAGUUACUCGAUGUUAUAGGCAAUCACAUAAUUCUCGGUGACCUUGUCCAAGAGAUAAAGACAGCACAGUUCUAUAGUAUCAUGGCGGAUGAGGUGACAUCUCAUAACACUGAACAGCUGGCUCUGUGCGUCCGCUUCGUGGAUUCAGAUGAAAAUAUUAGGGAGGAGUUCAUACAAUUUUCAAAAGUGAUUCGCACCACGGGUGAAUAUCUGGCCAAUGAGAUCAUUCACAUACUGGAAAACCUUGGUAUACCAUUGAAAGAUAUGCGUGGUCAAGGAUAUGAUGGGGCGAGUAACAUGUCAUCUGGUCGAGUUGGCGUCCAGGCUAAAAUCCGAGAGCAUGCUCCAUUAGCAACAUAUGUGCACUGUAGUGGCCAUUGCUUAAAUCUGGUUAUAAGUCACGCCUGUAACAUACCAGAAGUGCGUAACAUGAUCGACAAACUUAAGAACUGUUGCCUUUUUUUCCGAAAUAGCCCAAAGAGAAAUGAACUUCUUGAGUUGAUUACAGCGAUUAAAGUCGAGAACCAAACAAGAGAAAAACUUUAA